AUGUUACCAGAAGUGGAUUGGAAAGCCAAAGCAGCCGCCAAAGCUGCGUCGAUUUCCGAUGCCAUCCCCGAAUCAUGGCGAAUUCCCAAACCAAUUGCCACUGUUGACGCACAGCCAGACAUCACAGGGCCAUAUCUGCACAAGUAUCUGACGGGAGACGAGAUAGAGAUCACGGAAACCAACGCUGUUGGGAUUGUCAAAAAAGUCGCGGAUGGCGAAUGGCGCGCUGAAACCGUCGCUCGAGCUUUCUGCCAUCGAGCAGCUUUAGCUCAUCAAUACGUCUCUUGCUUACAUGAGGUGUUCUUUGAUGCGGCCAUCAAGGACGCUGUUGCCCUCGACGAGCACUACCGCCAGCAUGGCAAGCCGAUUGGGCCGCUCCACGGACUGCCCGUCAGUCUCAAAGACCAAAUACACGUCAAGGGGGUUGAGACAACCAUGGGCUACGUGGGAUGGAUUGGGACCUUUCAGGGUAAGCAAGGGAGCGGCCUUGAGAAGCACUUCGAGAGCGAGCUCGUGAUGGAGCUGCGUGGCUUGGGUGCUGUGCUUUAUUGCAAAACCAGUGUCCCGCAGACUCUGAUGUCGGCCGAGACCAUGAACAACAUCAUCGGAUACACUUUUAACCCCAAGAACAGGAAACUCAGUAGUGGUGGCAGCUCAGGCGGCGAGGGUGCCCUCAUCUCCUUGCGAGGCUCUCCCAUCGGUUUUGGAACCGACUACAGUGGAAGCAUCCGCAUGCCGGCCGCGUUCAACGGCCUCUACGGCAUCCGGCCAUCUAGUGGCCGGCUUCCUUACCAGGGCAUGGCCAAUUCGAUGGAUGGGCAAAAUACAGUCCUGUCCGUUGUAGGGCCCAUGUCGCACAGCCCAGCCGACCUCAGAUUGAUGCUCGAGUCAAUCCUUAGUCGACAGCCAUGGCUUCAUGACCCCGCUGUCGUGGAAAUGCCUUGGAGACCUGACAUAGUUCAGGCCACCGAGGAACUGGUACACAGUGGCCAAAGGCUCGUCUUCGGCAUGAUGAGCUGCGAUGGCGUAGUGCAACCCCAUCCUCCCAUCCUCCGCGCUCUCGCUCUUGUGCGGGAGGCACUGGACAUUCAAGGUCACGACCUUAUAGACUGGGCUCCGCCGUCUCACAAGCGAGCAAUUGACAUUGUGCAGACUUGCUGGCUGUACGAUGGGGGCGCAGAUGUCCACCAAAGCUUUGGGCUAUCUGGGGAGCCGAUUGCCGAGCAGAUUGGCUGGAUAUACGGCUCGGAGGUCCGGGAACAGUUGAAUGCCAGUGAUAUUGCCCGUAACAACGUUGCCAAGAGAGACUACCAAAAGGAGUAUAUGGCGUAUUGGAACAGCACCUCGGAAACAUCCGGGACUGGGCGGCCGGUUGAGGCCGUCAUCAUGCCUGCGGGCGAGGCAGUGGCGACGCGUAAAGGUACUGCCACGUACGGCGGUUAUACGACUGCUCUGAGCGCGCUUGACUGGACCGUGAUAACGAUACCCAUAUGCACUGUCAACCAAGAUGUCGACUCCGCUGACUCGAGCUUUUCACCCCUGAGCGACUUUGACGCACUUGUCCAGCAAGGAUAUAUCCCCGAAAUUUAUGAUGGCGCGCACGUAUCGCUUCAGUUACUGGGGCGCCGAUUCCAGGAAGAAAAGCUGCUGGUCUUGGCUGAAUAUAUUGGAAAGACGGUCGCAUCCUAUGUCUCAACCUCGGUUGGGGAAAAGUAA